AAAUUUAAAUUUGAAUAAAACUUAAAUCAAUGAAAAAUUAAAAAUAAUUAUCAAUUUUAUUAAUCUAAUAAGGAUGAAAAAUUGGAAUUAUAUCUGUAUGUAUGCAUACUCUUUAUACUAUUUAUCAAUGCAUCGACGCAAAACGAAUUUAGCCGUUACAACUAUUACAUUAACGAGAAAUCAAAUCCUUUAAAACAAGGUGCAUGGAUAUCGUCAGCAUUUUAUCAUUCUUGUUAUUGUUUAUUUUAUCAACGAUAUGUAUGUCAAGAGAGAAAAGAUAUGUUUAAUUAUUCGGUCUAUUACGAUAAAAAUCGCAAAAAUCGCUCCUGUUGGCCUUCAUAUAAUGUUUAUUAGCGAAUUAUGCCAAAUACUUAAGGUCUUACAACAGCAAUGUAAACAAUGUAAACACUUAAUGAUGCUCAUGAACUGCCAAAGUGAACAACGAAAAAAGCAUAAACAUCGAAUACCAGGAGUUAUGAAACCGAUUAUUUAUUUAGUUUAUCUAUCUGUAUUUAUUAGUUUUCGCAUAGGUGACGUUAUCGCUUUACCUCCUAUUAUACAAUUAGGAGCCAUAUUUACAGAAGAUCAACGGUCUAGUAAUAUCGAAUCGGCAUUUAAGUAUGCCGUUUAUCGCAUUAAUAAGGAUAAAAAUAUAUUGCCUGAUACUCAACUAGUCUAUGAUAUUAAAUAUGCGCCACGCGAUGAUACGUUUCGUACGACAAAACAAGUUUGCCGUCAAUUAGAGCAUGGUGUACAGGUACUUUUCGGUCCCACCGAUCCCCUCUUGGCCGGCCAUAUACAAUCGAUAUGUGAAAGUUUCGAUUUACCUCACAUUGAGACACGCAUCGAUUUAGAUACAACUAUUAAAGAGUUCUCCAUUAACUUGUAUCCAUCGCAAUAUCAUCUCAAUCUGGCUUACCGAGAUUUAAUGGUUUAUCUUAACUGGACAAAGGUAGCAGUAAUUUAUGAAGAAGAUUAUGGACUUUUUAAGCAACAAGAUUUAAUGUACACUACUGCUGAUUUACGUACAGAAAUGUACAUACGUCAGGCGUCUCCUGAUACAUAUCGCCAAAUUUUGCGUGCCAUACGUCAGAAGGAAAUCUAUAAAAUUAUUGUUGAUACAAAUCCAAUUAAUAUAAAAUCAUUUUUUCGUAGCAUUUUACAGCUUCAAAUGAAUGAUUACCGUUACCACUAUAUGUUUACAACAUUUGAUUUAGAGACUUUCGAUUUGGAAGAUUUCAAAUAUAAUAGCGUGAAUAUUACAGCAUUCCGUUUAGUGGAUGUGCAAAGUCAACUGUACACUGAUAUUGUUGAACAAAUGCAAAAGUUCCCUCAUAGCGGUCUCAAUAUAGUUGAAGGCCAUCCGUAUAUACAGACUCAACCGGCAUUGAUGUUUGAUGCUGUAUACGCUUUUGCCGCUGGUCUUACCGCUUUCGAUGGUAGUCAUACCUUGAAAGUGACUAAUUUGUCGUGCGAACUGGAAGAACCUUGGGAUGACGGCCUUUCUUUAUAUAACUAUAUAAAUACGGCCACACUUAACGGUUUAACCGGUAAAAUUGAUUUUGUAGAGGGUCGUCGAAAAGCUUUUAAGGUCGAUCUGCUUAAACUGAAACAUGAACGCAUACAAAAAGUAGGUUUUUGGACAGACUCGAUAGGAGUCAACAUCACCGAUCCAUCGGCCUUCUAUGAUACGAAUGUCGCCAAUAUAACGUUAGUUGUUAUGACAAGACAGGAAAAACCCUAUGUCAUGGUUAAAGAAGAUACCAAUUUAACGGGCAAUGCUCGUUUUGAAGGUUUUUGCAUAGAUCUAUUAAAAUCCAUUGCCACUCAGGUGGGCUUUCAUUAUAAAAUUGAACUGGUACCGGAUAAUAUGUAUGGAGUUUUUAAUCCCGAAACAAAUACUUGGAAUGGCAUUGUCCGGGAACUUAUGGAAAGGCGAGCGGAUCUUGCUGUCGCCUCGAUGACCAUCAACUAUGCCCGAGAAAGUGUAAUUGACUUCACAAAGCCUUUCAUGAAUUUAGGUAUUGGAAUCUUAUUCAAGGUGCCUACCAGUCAACCCACACGUCUUUUCUCAUUUAUGAAUCCAUUGGCUAUGGAAAUAUGGUUAUAUGUGCUCGCGGCUUAUAUUCUAGUCUCGUUCGCUUUAUUUGUGAUGGCUCGUUUUUCGCCUUAUGAAUGGAGUAUCCCAUAUUCUUGUCAAAAAGAUUCCGAUAUUGUAGAGAACCAGUUUUCUAUAUCAAAUAGUUUUUGGUUUAUAACUGGCACUUUCUUGCGACAAAGUUCGGGUCUUAAUCCAAAGAGAUCAGAUCGCGCGCAAACUCGUUUCUUUUCUUUUAUGAAUCCCUUGGCUGUGGAAAUUUGGAUUUAUAUUGCUUUCGCUUAUGUAUUGGUAUCGCUGACCAUUUGGAUUGUAGCUCGAUUAUCGCCUAUUGAAUGGGUGCCGGAGAAUUCUGACGUUUGCGAUCACGAAGAUUACGGUGACGGUACGUCACCCGAAGAACUAAUCGAGUUACAAGAACGUCCUAAACGAGGUCCACAAAUCAAUUCAAAUCAAGUUAAUUCAGAAAAUCUAAAUUCUAAUCAGGAUGAGAAGAACGAUGAUGAGAAAGAUGAUGAUAAAAAUCCAAAGCAAUCGACGCAAUUAAAUGAUGGUCAUGCUACUUGGUUUUCUCGAAAACCUUUCCGUCAUGUUACCGAAGAGGUUGUUGAACAACAACAACAACAACAACAACAUCAUCAUCAUCAUUCCGAUUCUGAAUGCGGAGAAACGGAACUUGAGUCUAUUAAAAAUGAUUUCACUUUAAAGAACAGCUUUUGGUUUGCCAUAGGCGCUCUCAUGCAACAAGGUUCCGACUUAUAUCCACGGGCUACUUCUACACGCAUUGUUGGCGGUAUCUGGUGGUUCUUUACCUUAAUUAUUAUUUCGUCGUAUACGGCUAAUUUGGCAGCGUUUUUAACCGUCGAACGUAUGAUAACACCGAUCGAGAGUGCUUCCGAUUUAGCGGAACAAACGGAUAUCUCGUAUGGAACAUUGGAAGGCGGCUCAACUAUGACUUUCUUUAGAGACUCGAAAAUUGGAAUAUACCAGAAGAUGUGGCGUUAUAUGGAAAAUCGAAAAUCUGCGGUAUUCGUUAGGACGUACGAAGAAGGUAUCAAACGAGUCAUGGAAGGCGAUUAUGCCUUCCUAAUGGAAUCCACUAUGCUGGAUUAUGCAGUGCAAAGGGACUGCAAUCUAACGCAGAUUGGUGGCCUUUUAGAUUCAAAAGGUUAUGGCAUUGCCACACCUAAAGGUUCACCCUGGCGCGAUCCCAUGUCUUUGGCAAUAUUAGAGUUGCAAGAGAAAGGUAUCAUACAAAUGUUAUAUGAUAAGUGGUGGAAAAAUACGGGCGACGUUUGCAAUCGUGACGAUAAGAGCAAGGAGUCUAAGGCAAAUGCUUUAGGUGUAGAAAAUAUCGGUGGAGUCUUUGUGGUCCUAUUAUGCGGCUUGGCAUUGGCAGUCGUCGUAGCCAUAUUAGAAUUUUGUUAUAAUUCGAAAAAAACCGUGCAAACGGAAAAUCAAUCUUUAUGCUCCGAAAUGGCCGAAGAGUUACGUUUUGCAAUGCAUUGCCAUACGUCAAAGCAACGACCCUCCAUGAAACACAAUUGUGCGAAAUGCAUGCCAGCCAGUACUUACGUACCGCAAGGUCCAACUACAUCCGCCUCGGUCACCAGUGGAUUGGCUGGUAUACCGCAUCAUCUUAGUGGAGUCCAGUAUAAUUAUUUAAAUUAAUUUUUUAACUAGUCAAUGAACACAUAUAUAUAUAUAUAUAUACAUAUAUAUAUAUACAUAUAUAUAUAAAAAAAUUAAAAGGAACUUCCAGGGAUAUCAUCUAAAGAUAUUAAAAGAUGCUGAAAUUUUACAUAUUUUUGUUUGAAAUAUGAA